CUGCAGAAAUCCUGCACAGUGACGUCGACAGAGGUGAGGACAAGGUAGAUCCCGUUUUUGUGGUCGAUCGAGAAGGGCUUGGAUCGGACCGCCUCUGCAAUGACGUCCUGAAUGGAGAGAUGGGUGAGGUGGUGGCCCUGGGAGUAGCGGUGGUCGGAGUACUCAUCGGCGAUGCGGACGGAGUGGGAUAUGUUUGCACCGGUCUGGUCAGCGUAGAGAGUGACGGUGGCCCACCACUCGGAGACGGAGGGGGAGGGGGGGUUGAAGGCGGAGAUGGAGCGGAGGAAGUCUUUGAUGAUGAGCUGCUGGGAGGGGGGCCAGCUUCCGUACCAGACAAGAUAGAUGUUAAUCGGAGAUGAAAGGACUGGGCCCA